UUUAGUUUAAAUUUAUUUUUAAAAUUGCUCUUUGAAUUAUCCAUUGAACAAAAAUGAAAAAAAAAUCUAACUCUUUUCUAUGCAGAUGGCAAAAUAUUUUUCCAACAAAGAAAAAAAUUAUCUAAAAAAAUAUCUUGUAAAAUCAAGCAGAUGUUCGAAUUUCUUUAAAGCACGCUAAAUACCGAAACAUAUUGAAUUGAAAAUCUACUACCUAUACCUCCACACUCUGCAACAGCAAGAAUUUAUUUUGAUAAAAAUAAUCAAAAAUUCACCUUGAACACAAAAUAAGUACGACUAUUCAACAAUGCUAUCAUACCACCAUCUGUGUAGUUUCAAGCUGUAUAACAAAUAUCUUCCUAACUGAAUUCAACAUACAAAUGUUAAAUAGCGGACUCCAAUUGGAAAUUCAACAUUCUCAAUAAUAAAAUUAUGAUAGUACACAAACAAGUCUAUAAAAAAACUUCUCUACCUAACAUGUACAGUAAGCAAGUGUGUGAUAAAACGAAAGAAGAAGCUGCCAUGCGACUCACGUCUAUGGCACGCGUUUCUCAUUCUGUUUUCUAUAUCGAAUUGCAAAACAUAUUUCGUUUCCAAACAGUGUACUUGAACUUCGGGAAUAUUCGUUUUUUCCCAUAAUAUAUUUUCAAUUUUAGCUUUUUUCUUUCUCUUAUUAUUUUUGAUUUCAUUUUUAUUUUUUUCUACAUUCACACACACAAUUAAAUUUAUUUUUUUCCUCUUUCCUUUUUCGUAUACCUUUCAGACUGGUGUUUUGCUAACAGUACAAGUUAACGGUAUGGUUAAAAUAUUAAGUUUACCAUAUAGGGUGAAUAAUUGUUUUAUUCUAUCAUUUAAGGUAUUUUGAAUGUACGAUCAUUUUUAUGGUGAGUGGUGAAAUUUGUUAAAAUAAAGAGUGAGAGAAAACUGUUAAAAGCUAACGUAAGAGAGAAAUAGUAAAUUAAAAUGGAUAAAGCAAAAUAAAUUACAGGUAGAUAAACUGUAAAGAUUAAAAUUGAAGGGAAUAGAGAGAAUUAAAGGUAUGGUGAACUUGUCUCAUUUAAAGUUUAUUAAUAAUUUAGAGUAGCAUAAAAGGUAACAAAGUUGAUGUAAAAGCAGGUUUACGUUGAAUAUUCUUAUUCUGUAAAAUAUCAAUGUACAAAUGUAUUAUCUUUAUGUAUGUUCUACAUGAAUGCGUAACAUUAAAGGAGAUCAAAAUAGAGAAAAACUCAUGUUAAAAAAAUAUUGUAUUCUAAUAUUAAGUCAAGCAUAACUUAAAUAAUAAAUUUCUUGAGAAAGAGAAUAUAAAAGCAAAAUUUUAAAAAAAUUGGUGGGGGAUCAUACAUUUUGAACUCAACAUAAUGUUCAAUGCAAACAAGGGAAUUGGAAGAAAGGAAAAAUUUAAACAAAAGGCUAGUUGGUAUGGAAAAACACAACAACAAAACAAAUUGUAAUUUUUUAAAAUGAUCUUUAUGUUAUUUUUACUCGUUAUUCUGUUAAAAAGUUGUUGUUGCCUGUGGGAAAACUCGCAAGUGUGCGGUAUUAUUAAUAAGAGCUGUUUUCAACGAAUCUUGCAUUUGCUUAUAUGAAAUUGGUAUGUUUUUUACUUGAUUUAAAGAUUGGACAGGUAUACGUUUAACAUGAUGGUAGGAAACACAUCGCAAUAUUGUUAUAAUAGGUUGUGCGUUUAUGUUUGUUUGAAUGUUAUGUUAUAUUUAAUGUUAUAUGUUUUGUUUUUUUCUUUUCUGUAUCCCACGCUCUCAGCAGGACUUAUGUUCUUUUUUUCUUGUUGUUUAUUUUUAGAGAUCUUUUUUUAUUUAUUUCUUUUUUAAUACAAAAUGCAUUGGUUUAGGACGAAGGGAUUCAUUUCUUUUAUAGUUAUCGUUGAGUUAACUGCUUUAAUUUUAAUAUAUUUUAUUAUUUUUUUAAAUAAAAGAGAGCAAAAAAGGACAUAAAAGUAAAAAGAAGAAAAAUAAUUUUUUUUACCUGUUCUGAUUUAAUGUCUUUAAGAAAAUUUUUCGGUCUAUAUAUUGGCAGAGAAUUGAACUUGAUCAAUCAGUUUAAGAUUUACUUCGCAAGUGUUCACAUCUCUUCUCUAAAAAUAAAAUAAAAAACAAAUCAGAAAAAAUUAUUAUUAUUGAACGGAUUUAAAACAAAAAGUAAUCUGAAUUAAAAAAAAAACAAUAAAUACAAAAAUUAAGUGAUUUAAUUUUAUACGGUAUUAAAAAUUAUCAAAGAGAAGUAAAAAUAUGGCCAGUGCUUGUAUAAGACCAAUAAAUAUAAAUAAUCAACAUCGUAGUAAUAAUUUAAAUUUAUCUAGUUUACAAAAUAAUCAAAAUUUUAUAAUAAUAUCACAAUCGAAUUUUAAUCAAAUAACACAAGAACAAAAUAAUACAUCAGUAUCACCACUACCUCUCGCAACAACAGCCACAACAGUGCCAGUAAAUUCAAUAACAUCGCAAAAAUUAAAAAAUUUAGCUGUAAUAGCGCCAGCACCAACAUCUUCUUCAUCCCUAUCUACAAUUACAACCACAACAACACAUUCAAAUUCAGUACUUGGCAUGAAUAGCAUUAAUAUCCAAUCAAAUCAAAGUAAUCCCACAAUAAUGCAACAGUCAAAUAAUUGUGGAAUUGGUGGUGGUAAUGGUAAUAACAAUAAUUCAAAUAUUUAUAAGAAAAAAUACACCUACGCAAAUAUGCCAUAUGGUACUGAAUUACCACCAUCAGUUGCAAGACGUAAUGCACGUGAACGUAAUCGUGUAAAACAAGUAAAUAAUGGUUAUGCAAAUUUACGUCAACAUAUACCGCAAACAAUUAUUAAUGCAUUAACAAAUGGUGGACGUGGUGCUAGUAAAAAAUUAAGUAAAGUUGAUACAUUACGUUUAGCUGUUGAAUAUAUACGCCGAUUACAAGAUGUCUUAUUAAUUGAUGAUAAUAUAAGUGAAAUUGGUAGCGAUGGUGGCAGUUUAUAUAGUAAUAACAGUAAUAUAUCUGGGUCAUCAAUAACUGAUUGUGAAACAAAUUCACCACAAUCAACACCAUAUUAUCAUAAUGCUGAUAGUCCAAUUAAUAAUCAUCAUCAACAACAUCAUAAUAAUAAUAUUAAUGGAUCAUUAUCAACAUUAACAACAGGAACAACAACAACAUUAACAAAUGAUAAUGGAUAUAUGAGUAAUCAUAUUAGUUAUUCAGAUGCAUCAGUUAGUCCAGCACCAAGUUAUACAUCAGAUAUAUCAAUAGGAUCAAAUCAUAAUAAUCAACAUAAUAAUAAUAAUAAUUAUUUAUCACAACAGUCACCAAAUUUAGAAAAUCAUAAUCAUAACCCACAUCAACAAUUUAAAUUUGAACCAUAUGAUAAUGGUUAUAAUUCAAUAACAGACACAACACCAGAAGAUGAAGAGCUCCUAGAUUAUAUAUCAUCAUGGCAGGAACAAUAAUUUAUUUUUUUCCAUAAUA